AUGGCCGGUGUUCACUUCGAGGUUGGCUUUCGUCAGCCUGCCAAUGUCGCUCCAACGUCGGCUACGAAGCGCGAAGAAUGGUGGAAAAUGUCUAAACGCUUGCAGCCAGGUGCUUUGGUAUGCCUCAUAACUAAAUCGAACUUUGUGCUUUUCUGUACCAUCGUUCAACAACAGCCAGAGAACAUGUCACAAGGACACGGCGCUAGAUACCAGCGACAAGAGAAAAAUUAUUUGUGCUCUCUAUCGGAAGAUCCUCAAGUUGCACGCAUUACGGUGGAGCUGACUGAUGGGAGAAACAAGAAUAUUCAGAGUCUUAUUAGACAAUACACACAGCAACAACCGUGCUCCGCUCUGGUGGAGUUUCCCGGUGUCCUUCUCCCAGCUUUUGAGCCGACUCUACGAGCACUCCAGACAUUAAAGCAGACCGCGAACUUGCCCCUGUCUGACCUGGUCAUUCCUCCUCGUCCUAGUACCUCGGAGCCCAAUACAGUCUCUCCUCCGCGGUAUGCCCUAAAACCGGGGUUCCGAUUCAAUCUCCGAUGCUUGACAAAUGAAGAUAGGGAUUUGUAUGUCUAUCCCGAUCAGCCAGCCGACCUACGAGCUCUGCGUCAGCAUUCCAGCCUCGAAGAUGCACAGGCGACUGCCCUUGUCGAUGCUCUUCAACGAAAACUUGGAUUGAUUCAAGGACCACCCGGAACCGGCAAGAGCUAUACAGGUGUUGCUAUUAUCAAGGUCCUUCUUGCAAAUAAGGGCCCUGAUAUGGCAGACUUAGGACCGAUCUUAUGCGUAACAUACACCAACCAUGCUCUUGACCAACUCUUGGGUUCCCUACUGCAAAGCGAAGUUACCAAGCAAAUCGUCCGAAUCGGUUCGCGGUCCAGAUCUGAAUGUAUGGAGCCCUUUCAACUACGCACGCUCGCGAGAAAGUUUGACAAGACGAAAUUUGAAAAGAGCAGUCAAUGGGAGUCUCAUCGCUCUCUGAAAGAGUGUGCUCGUGAGUUUAAGAGCAUAGACCUGACGCAGAGAAUCACACCUGCUCGACUAAUGCAUCAUUUGCGCGAUCACCAUACGGAUCAUUAUAACCAGCUUUUCGGCUCAGAUGAAGACGGCUUCAAAUAUCAAGAGAGCAAGAACAGCCAGAAGGUCUUCAAUCAUUGGCGCUUUUCCGGUGGGAAAGCCGAUGCCAAUCAUGUUCGAAAGGUCGAAGAUUUGAUUUCGGUCAAACUUACGCAGAUGUCACAUUUCGAUCGAGAAGCUCUGUACCGACAUUGGCAGAUGGAGAUAUGGAGCGAAAUGGAAGAGAAAUUGAUAAAUAUUUGCGAGUCACAUAACACAACCAAACAUGAGCCUGAUAACAUUCGCAACGAAGUUGAUCUGCGAUGUCUCGCUCAAGCUGAUAUUGUUGGCGUUACGACGAGUGGUUUGGCACGGAAUCUUGAGAUGCUCCGGAGGAUGAAGUCCAAGGUUGUGCUAUGCGAAGAGGCAGGAGAGGUUCUUGAAGCCCAUGUGCUUACCACUCUUUUGCCAUCGGUCGAACAUGCAAUUCUCAUUGGGGAUCAUCUCCAGCUCCGGCCCCAAGUACAGAAUCAUGAAUUAUCGCGCGAGAACAAGAAUGGUGGUGAAAAGUACGCAUUGGAUGUAUCUCUCUUCGAACGCCUUGUCGAUGCAGAGAGCCCUAUGGGUGUCAAUCUGCCAUUCAGUACCUUGAAUACGCAGCGGCGUAUGCAUCCAUCCAUUGCUCAGCUUGUACGUGGCACAUUAUAUCCACAGCUCCAAGACGCAACAUCUGUGAGUGCAUACCCUGGCGUUGCUGGGCUUCGAAAGCGUUUAUUCUGGUUAGAUCACCGUGUACCAGAGGCAGACCCGUCAAUUGAGGAUGCAACAGCCACAUCAAAAUGGAACGACUAUGAAGUUGAGAUGACUACAGCCCUUGUCAGUCACCUUUUACGGCAGGGAAAGUACAGGAAGGGUGAUAUUGCUGUUAUCACACCUUACCUUGGUCAGCUUCACAAACUACGACGCAGACUCGGCCAGUUGUACACCAUCGCUCUUGGGGACCGUGAUGAGGAUGACCUCAAUAAGGCUGGCUUUGACGAUGAUCUGACUCCAAACUGCACUGGAGUAAGAUCAACUCUGCUGCAGAGCGUACGGAUUGCUACAAUCGAUAAUUUCCAGGGCGAGGAGGCUAGCGUGGUGGUCAUCUCACUUGUUCGCAGCAAUCCGCAGAACAAUUGUGGCUUUCUCCGGACGCCAAAUCGAAUCAAUGUCCUUCUUUCUCGAGCUAAGCAUGGCAUGUAUAUCAUUGGCAACUCGAUGACGUCGAUGCAUGUUCCCAUGUGGGCUGAUGUCCUUGAGAUGCUCGAGCAGAACGGAAACAUUGGCACCAGAUUAGAGCUACAGUGCCCACGGCACCCGCACAGUGAGAUAACCGUUCGCGAACCAAGCGACUUCCCACGUCUCUCCCCCGAAGGAGGGUGCAAUCUUCGAUGUGAGAGGCGUAUGUUAUGUGGUCAUGCAUGUGUGCAAAAGUGCCAUUCUGAAAUUCUACACAAUGCGGUGUAUUGCCUAGAACCUUGUCAGAGACCACUUCUGGGAUGCUCUCACCCCUGUCCAAACAAGUGCGGCGAUCAAUGCCCAAUCAAAUGCAUGAUAAAUGUCUUCCAGGAGGAUAGAGAGCUUGAUUGUGGUCAUUUGGCGCCGAAUCUUCCAUGCUGGCAGAGUCAGGACUUGUCAACCGUCCGGUGCGCUGUCUUGGUCAAGAGAACCGUCCCGGGCUGCAGACAUGAUGUUACCGUGGCAUGCCAUGUUGAUGUGACCUCUCCACGUUACAGAUGUACUGCUCAAUGUCGGGCACCGUUAGCCUGUGGUCAUUCGUGUAAGCAUCCAUGUGUCAAGUGUGUCACCAGAAGUGAUACCGGCGAAACUCAGACCGAUCAUGGUCGUUGCCAGCAGAUAUGUGGCAGAAACCAGUCUACUUGCGCUCAUCAGUGCGAGACGCCAUGUCAUGGUUCAGCAGCGUGUCCACCCUGUCAAUCAGCCUGUGAUGUACGCUGUGGUCAUUCCAGAUGCGACAAGAAAUGCUCGGAUCCAUGCACUCCUUGCGCCGUAGAGAUCUGCCUGUCUUCCUGCCCUCACAGUUAUUGCACAAUGCCCUGUGCUGCUCCAUGCGAUCAUGUCCCAUGUUCGAAGAGGUGUGAUCAAUUGCUAGCGUGUGGACAUCAAUGCCCGUCCGUCUGUGGGGAGAUUUGCCCACCUGCGCGAUAUUGUCAAAUCUGUGGGAGCGAUGAAAUUAAGAAUCACAUGGUUGACUUUAUCUCUGGGGAGACCUACCGGGACAUCAACCUUGACGAGAAUCCAUGUGUCUUUCCACGAUGUGGUCACUUCUUGACAAUUGAAAAUAUGGAUGCACAGAUGGACAUGAAGAAGUAUUACAUCCUUGACGCAAUGGAGAAGCCAAUUGGGAUUGCCGCAUCGACGUGUGCCAGCUGCCGUGGGCCCCUGAGAGAUAUCGCCCGGUACGGACGGUUGGUGCGUCGUGCUCUCCUGGAUGAAUCGACAAAAAAGUUAAUAUUGUACAUGAAUCGCGAAAUCGUCCCCCUGGCGCAGGCACUCCCUCGAUGCAUACGACAGCUCCAGGAAUUGACAAAUGAACGACCUAUUGCCUGGCCGGCUACUGUGAAGAUUGCGGGCAAGUACGAAGGGCAGAUUACUGUGAUGCGGGACAUGCUUUCUCGAGCAGACAAGGGACGAUGGCAGAAUAUUCUUGGUCUUCGGCAGAGAAUCAAGAAAUAUAUGAGGAAAGUGACGCCCGAAGAGCAGCCAUACAGUAAAGUACGCAACCUGGUUGCCAUCGGUCGUCGUCGAAAGGAAACUGCUGAGUGCCCUGAGCCUGGAAACGACAUCCUCCAGAUGAAGGGGUCAGUUCAAGCCACCGCGCUCAGUUUGCGUCUGGAUAUUGCCUUGCUGGCUGAUUUUCUGAAGCUUUAUCGCGAGGCCCCGAAACAGGCCGAUAGUGUGAUCGAGAUGGAUCUGUCAAAGAAUCGCAGCCAAUGCAAAGCUCUCGUGGAGACAGCGGGACUCUCAAAUCACGUUGUUCAUCAGACGGAGGGCUAUAUCUUCCUCGCCCAGCUCCAUGCGUUCGAGCGAUCGUAUGCAGCCUCGGCUGCGCUGGUCGAUCAACACGUGGCCCAUGCCCAGGAAGCCCUCGAUCACGCCAGAACCCUCUGCACCUCCUGGCCUGGUCAGACCCGUGGCUUGAUGGACGAAGUCGAAGGGUUGGAGAAGAUGCUUCGCGGAGCGACGUUCUAUACCCCCGUAACCAACGAAGAACGCAUGGCGGUCAUUGCUGCCAUGGAGCAGGAGUUCCGGGGCACGGGGCAUUGGUACUACUGUCGCAACGGCCAUCCCUUUACGAUCGGGGAGUGUGGCAUGGCGAUGCAGAGGUCCGUCUGUCCAGAGUGUGGAGAGCCCGUCGGUGGACAGAACCAUACCGCCGCCGAGGGCGUGACGCAUGCGAGGGACUUGGAGGAGAAUUUUGCGCGGCUGAGUUUGGAAUAA